GUGUUGUCGCUUGUGUGCAAAAUAACAAGCGGUAAGCAGCAGCAGCAUUGUGGAGGAGCAUCGAAAUAGAGUGAAACCCAAAUCGCAGAGUCCACGUUGAUGUUUCUCCGCUGGUCGCAGUGAGAAUCGAUUUUAGAAAAGAGUAACACUAAGCUGGAAUAAGGUCAACGGUCGUCUAUUACAAUGGGAGCAUUCCUCGAGAAACCGAAAGUUGAAAAGCACUCCGAGUCGGGAGUCACCCCGUCAGGGAUAAAGUACGCGUUGAGUUCAAUGCAAGGAUGGCGCGUGGAAAUGGAGGAUGCGCACACGGCCCUUCUGACUGUUGAGGGCUUCCCCUCGUGGAGCUUUUUCGGUGUUUACGAUGGCCACGCCGGAAGCGGAGUCAGCGCGCGUUGCUCCACCAGCCUGCUCCCCGCUAUCUUAGAACAAAUUGCCCCCAUCCAAGAAAUCUCUGAAGACUUCUCAGAAACGGGUCCGAUCUCGAACGCCAUACGCAGCGGGUUCCUUCAAUUGGACGAGGCCAUGAGACAGCUCCCGGAAAUUCAGACCGGACAGGAUCGUUCCGGGUCCACGGCUAUCUGCUGUUUAGUUACGAAAAAGCACCUUUUCUUCGCCAACUGUGGAGAUUCUCGGGCGGUUUUAUCGCGUGGAGGGAAAGUCGCCUUGAGCACAUAUGAUCACAAACCGAUUAACCCGGCGGAGAAGGAAAGAAUUCAGAAAGCUGGAGGUUCUGUUAUGAUUCAACGAGUGAAUGGCAGCUUGGCCGUCUCUCGUGCGCUCGGAGAUUACGAAUACAAACAAAAUAGCGGCAGGGGUCAGUGCGAACAACUCGUCAGUCCAGAGCCAGAGAUUACAGCGCUAGAAAUAUCCGAAGAUGACGAAUUCGCAGUGCUCGCUUGUGACGGCGUUUGGGAUGUCAUGACAAGCGAAGAGGUAUGUGAUUUCGUACGACAUGAGCUCCGUACGAAUCCGGAUCUCGAAUCGAUCUGCUCGCAUCUGGUCGACGUCUGUCUCUACAAAGGCAGCCGCGAUAACAUGAGCGUAGUACUCAUCGUUUUCUCGGGAGGUCCUACUGUCGACGAAAAAUCCGUUCAGGAGCGGAAAGCCGUCGACGACUACAUCAGGACGAAAGUGAAAGAGGUAUUCGCUCUCGGAACAACGGAGUUGAGCGAAAUGCUGAUCACAUUGGCCGAGGACUCGUUCGUGAUGGGUUCACUUCCGAGCGGAGUCGGCAUCCACGCGAAACGAUCGCUUGUCGAGGCGGAGUUGAAGCUCCUCAAUCCGAACAACACCGAAAACAACUGUUGAGUUUCCAUCGGGAGGGUUUUCCGCAAGCGUUGGCGACAAAGCGAUCGGGCUUCUAAAAGUGGGCGAUAGGGAGAGAUAGAUUUCGAUAUAUAUUUAAUCGUAUAUAUCUAUUAUAUGUAUGGAGGCAGCACAGAGAACGCUUGGCAACGGAGGUCGCAGAAUGGGAAGAGGCGCGGGAAACGCUAGAGCCAGCAGUCGGGCGAGCGAACGAGCGAGAGACUAAGAUUGGAGGGUGACAAAAGAGCGAGGAGACCCUCGGACGCGUAUAUGGGAAAACCUGCUGUAGUGGAUUACAUACUAUAAAAAUGUAACGACAAU